AUGUCUUUCCUUCAUGGUGUUCUUGAGAGUGUGAAGGAUGAUGAAAACGUUACAAAGUAUGAUAAUGAUGCUUUAAAGAUUACUAAUGUUAUUAAAACUUUACAUGAUAAUGUAGGUAAAGGCCGUGAGGCCUUCCAGGCCGCCGUGUCUGAGGUAAGUGGGUGGUUGAAAAAACAUGCGGUGCAGGUGGAGGAGAGGACGGAGAAAGUUGCAGGUUCCAUAAAGUCACUUCUUCUUAGUAUUAAUGCAGGUGAAAACGUAAUUGAUGAAGAGAAGCAUAGAGAGCUUUCUACGCUAUUUGGCAUUUGGGUUGACCGGGCACAGUGGUACACAAAGAAGACGAAAGAAGCCGAAGAGGCAUUAAACGGAAUUGAUCCCAUCCUAUCAGGUAAGCUACGUACGAAUAUUUCAUUGGUUGUACAGGCUGUCAAAAAGUUCGAGCAAGAGGCGGAAAACAAUGAUCUCGUCAUCGUGUUCCAGUCGGCGGAGUUCUAUUUGAAUGAGGUGACGAAGUAUGCUAGAGAUAAAAUUGAUGGGAGUAGUCAGCAGCUCAAAAAACACAUUCGAAAUGAGAUUCAGAAGUUGAAUAAGAAACUUGAUGCCCUACGUGGUACGCAAUUUAAAACUCUUCAAACGUCUGUCGACUCCGGUCUUGCCGGGGCCCUUGGCCCUGUCCAGCUUGGCAUUACGAAUCUAGAAGGGAGAUACAAGGAAGAUAUUGUUAAGGAGCUUACUAGUAUUAGAGACAAUGCACAGGAGCUUCAGCAGUUGGUAAGCAAAGAGAAGGAGGAGCUCAGAAGACAGGUGAAGGCUUUGAGCGAGCAGAUGAGUGUUCUACAAGGUGCCAAAUAUGAACUUGAGAGACAGGUGACUGCGAAAAGGAAUUUGCAGCAGUUUAUUAAUGGUGGUGUUGGUGAUAAGUGGAAUUUGACUGAUCCCAUCCGGCUACUCAAAAAUGAACUAAAUGAGCAUUUGACGCAGUAUGUUCAGAAGUAUGUCAGUAAGGUUAAGGAGGAAGUGGAGAGUAUUAAAAAUGGAGUUGGGGAGAAUGGCAAAAAAAAUUUCGGUAUAUGUGGAAAUUGGGUUGAAUUGAAGGAUCAAAUCACGGAGCUGGUUGAGGACAUUUAUAAGGAGGAUGCGAGUCCUUUAAAAGCAAAAUCCGGUAACAUCGGAAACAUUGUGAACUAUGUGAAGGAUUAUGCGCAGAAAUUCACAAAUGGGCGAUUUGAGAGGGAUGUUUUGACAAAAUGGAUAACCAGGAUUUUGGUGAAUAAUGGUGUUGUGAGCAAGCAUCUUGGCGCGUAUGUUAAUGGUAAUCCAAGUUUGAAACCCACAUAUCAGGGUGAAAACGGCGAGGGAAUUAAUGAGAAGUUCAGAAAGGUAAUGAAUGAAUUCAUCAAGAAACAGCUCAAUGGUGGCGUUACGAGCCAGGUGAACAAGAACGUCAGUCCCUCCACCGAUAUUAAUGAAAAUGUGCUAGCCGUCCAGGCCGUUUGCAAUAGUUUUGCAGAGAAGCUGGAAGAUAAACUGAUAACCCCUUCUACGUAUACCUUUCUGCAUACUAUAUAUAAAGAAAUUGAUAAAGAUGAUGUGUUGCAGCAUGGUUCCAAUAACAAACCUGAUCUCCAAUCUGCCGUGGAACACAUCAUCGUCACACUCGCUGCUACAGCCAGACAGACUGGCAACGCGCUUAGGUCUUUCACCAACAAGAACACCACCUUCAAUCUCGGCGACAAAGUAGACGCAGCUAUAUUAGAUGUCGAUCUGAUCAAAAAAAGGCUUGGCACCGAGAAAGGCGACGGUAGAAGCCGCGAGCCAGGUGAUAGGAUCACUGCAGCGAUGAAUGCAGUUGGUAAGCAAAUUAAGGAGUUUCACAGAGAUCUCGACAAAGCACUCAACGGAAAUGGCACCGAGCCCGCCGAGCAGGUUACACUGGCCGACAAAAUUGAUGCUAGCGUUGGUAAGCAAGUUAACCAGGCUGACGGCGAGCUCACCGCACUCCUUAAAGAGGCGUGCAGUAUAGGCAUAAAAAAUCAUCAGGCGGAAGUUACGAAGAUUGUUAAAGAUAAGCUCGAGGCAGUUAGGAAAGCGCUUGCCGAGCUGCGUAAUGAGGAGGAAACAACAGAACCGUUUGUAUUAUUACCAGCGGGGACGUCUCCGCUCGAGAAAAAUGCCAAGCAACUGCACUCCAAAAUCGCGGAAUUUUUGAAAAAUACAGUUGGCGAAAAUGAAAAUAUUCCGAGCAGUGUCCACGCAGAUCUGAAGAAACUUAGAGACUCGAUCACAGAGCUUGGCACGAAAGUAACGUCAGUUGUGGAUAACGUUGAAUAUGUGCGUAACGAGCUAGCAGCUUGUAUUUCGUAUACCACCGAAUUAGUUACAAACGCCCCCAAAUGGGUUGCUUCCGUAAUGGAGGUUUUACGUAAAGACAUCAUCCGCAAAAUCGAUUCGUCCUUCACUGCCGUACUAGACGAAGCCAAGCGACGAUACACCGCGACGAAGCAUAGAGAAGUUGAAGCGUUGAAAAACAUCGUCAACGCACAAUAUGAAAUAAUUACUGAGACCAUCGCAAAGGACAAAAUCACCGGAAUUAAGGGUUUAAUAAAGUCUCUGAGCGGUGUGGAAUUUAGUCUGCCAAACGGUGUUCCCAAAUUUGGCAGCGCUGCGACAUUACUUGAUCCCAUUCAAAAUCUUCAACUUACCGCACCUCUAAAUGCCGUAGAACAUCGUACAAAAUUCACAGAUUUGUCCACCAAGUUCCUAUCUUACAUCCACCCAAUUUGCCUUUACACCUCCUCCCAGUCCCACUCCCCCCAUGUCGACCGCCUCAAACAGCAACUGGACAACUUACUCAGCCACCUGAAAUUAGAACAUCCCACAAAAAUCUCCCACUUCGACCACACGUUCACUUCUGACCUAGCCGCACUGAACGAAGCGCUUGCCGCACUAACCCCCAAGCAGUUCCACGGCCACCGGCACCCUGAGCUGCUCGACGCGCUGACCGCUGGAGCGAAGCGACUGGCGGACGAGCUGGGCAAACAGUACGUGAACAGGUACAGCGGACAUGAUAAAAUAGACUUUGGUAAAUUAUUAAAGGACAAAGAAGACGAUGCCCCUUCGAAAAUAUUCGCUGUAAAAGCUCCAGUUCCAAAGGCCAAUGAAAAGGUGUUGACCACCGAAGGCAGACAGUUGUCUAACGUCUGUCUCACUGUAAUAUCAACGUUACGUCGUGACUUGCUUAAGUUAAGAAUUGAUUGUGGACAGUGGUAUGGUAGUGACAUUAAUUCGACAAAUGAGCUUGGCCAAUUCUUCCACCACUCUGGAUACCGUGUUGCCUCUAAAGAUGGUAUCCAAGACGGUGAGUUAAUUAAUAAGCCGGAGUGCAACGGCAGAGUUGUCCGAAAUAAACUGAAUGAUAAAAUUCCUAAGUCCAACCAAAUUGAUCAUCUCAAGAAUUGUAAUGCAACUAAAGGCAAGAAUGAUAACAUCACUGCCAUCGACAUUCUAUCAUGUCUUUACCAUCACCUUAAAGAAUACUUCCACGUUUGCCACUUUAAAACUGUAGUGUCACCUAGAACACCGUGUAAUAUUUAUGAGAUGUUGACAUGGGUCGGGGGCCUUCCGUAUAAUCCUGUAUUUAAUGCCCUUACGGAACAGAUUAAAACCCUAUUUGAUAAGCCAGAAGGUCAAAAGGAUGACAAAUAUUCCGCAAUACAACCAGAGUCUCUGCUCCUCAGCGCACAUAACCGACAAUUCUCAGCUGACGACGUGGCAUUCGGAGUUCGAAAGCUAGCUUCCCGAUUCUAUGACGUUCUCACUCGCAUUGCUGGCACUGGCGAUGCCCAAACGUACUAUGGUUGCCAAUAUCAGAACAACACCCUAGGUUUAGCGUACCCUAAAAGCGGAGGAGAUUGUCUUGACACGCUCCUGGACAUCCUCCAUAGAACGUAUGCCGUACUCACUUUCUUACAGCUGCAGUGUAAUUACAAAUCAUCACAGUAUGGUUGGGCGAACUGCAAGUACGGCGGAGAUGUUACAUUAACCAAUUGGCAAUGUAAUAACCAUAAUAGUGAUAAAUCCAAUUGCCCUCCCGGUUCACCACUUAUGCUGUACCUUACUGACAACCUUCCCGGUCACCUCCCACAUCAACUCACCAAUGUUGGCUGCAAAUCGGUAUGUUCCACAUGUCCUAAGAAUCAACCCAGUAUGCCAUGUCUCACGCCACUCGGCUUCAGAGGUUUCUCAGGAAGUAAAAGGUCAGGCAAAGAGCUAUGUAACGUGCUAACCAAAAUGCUGCGUGAUGAUGGCACUUUCACUAUUCUCUAUUCAUCUCUUAACUGCCUCCUUGGUCGCCCUCCGAAAACGCUGACAGAUGUAUUCAGUUUCUAUUGCCAAUUCACAGAGUCAUGGGAAUUUAUGCCAAUAGAUGCCAGACCAAGGCAUCCUGUUCAACGCAUGGUCUACGAUAAAAUCAUGGCUACUGUGUCAUGUAAACCAGAAGAUGCACGUAAAAUUUUUAAUCCUUGCCGUCUUUUGUAUGAAUCUUCAACUCAUAAAAAUCACGACAUUGAUAAGAACGCACCUGACCUAAAAUAUCUACUUGGCUGUGAGAGUGAACAAUGCGGGAAAUAUUUCCGUCCACUGAACUUUUCCGCCUACUCCGUUCUGGCAGCCAAAAACGCACACAAGUAUUUGUCAUGGUUGGUGCACGUUUGUCCUCGAAUCGAAAAGUUCCUCGAGGAACUGAAAAAGGCUUUCUGCGAUAUAUCUUGUCAUGACCACAGUUGCCGUGGAUGUCUUAACAGUGACGGUUGUAUGAAAGGCAAGCAUGGCACCAAGCCAUGUGCCUGUAAAUCCAUCGUCCACUGUAAAGGAGUGUCCUCCGUGUUUUACCAAUGUGGACUCACCUACGCAAACAUCUCCAGCGGAAGCAUGAAAAAGUGUGACUAUUUCUGCAACGCAAUUGAUCGCAUAUUGUGUUCCCAGACGCUAGAGGAUGCCAGGGGGAAAGCCUUGAAGGAUAUUGAUACCCGCCGCAUCUCUCUUGGUAAGCUUGCCGGACAGCUUUCGGGUUUUAUUGGUGGGAGUGGAGAAGUUAAAGAUGCACUUGUAAAUGGUUUGCAAAGUAAUGUAAAUCAGCUUGAAAAGCUUUUAAAAACAUCUUGCGGAGGUGAGGGGUGUUGUAAGGAUGCUGGUGAGGCAAUUAAUAACCUUAAUGAAUUCAAUGAGAAGCUUAAAAAACACCUUAAUGAGGAACCAAUAGCCGCUGAAAAUCUUGAUAACAUCCUUUCUGACUGCAAGUUAAAUGAGCUUCAAGAUCCCUUAAAAGAGCUUAAUGAUGCAAUUACUCAAAAAAUUCAGGAGCUUGAAGAGCAAAUUAAAAAGCUUAAAAAUAACAAUAAUGACGAUUAUAAAAGUAAAAAUGCCUCUGAAAUUGACAAACUUAAUAAGGAUCUUCAGUCUCAUAAUGCUUCCAAGGAGUCUCUUGAGAGACUGAAAGAGCUUUGUGGAUAUGCUGAGAAAAUUGAUCAAAAUCAUGAACAGCCUAAAAAGCUUUUAGAGAGUCUUUGUGGAGGCCUCGAAAAAUUUCUCGGCCAUGAAAAUGGUAAUUACACCGGGAAAGGAAUCGUGUACUCGGACCUCGACAGGCUCUGCGACGGGGUGAUGUCCUUUCUUCAUGGUGUUUUGCAUAACAUUAAGCCUAAAUUAGGACAGCAUAAAGGCACUUUAGAUAGCGCACUUACAUCACUUAACAACACAAAUAAUAAUGGUAUUACUAAAUACAAGGCGGCGAUAGCCGCGGUGGCGAGUGGUGUGCGUACAUAUAAUGAGAAAGUGGCAGCGUCGAAUAAAAGUGUUAGUGAGCCGAUUGAAAAGUACUACAAUUUCAUGAAGAAGAAAAAUGGUAAGUUGUAUAGAGAGCUUAAUAAUAUGCAGGUUGACAAGGUGUCUGGAGACAAGGAAGCUGAGCAAGUUGAGAAUAUGUGCGCCGCCAUAAAGGAAUCUCUCAAGAAUUGUCAGCAGGAAGCUGACACUUUUUCACAGUCACUUAAUAGCCAAUAUGAUGAAAUUAAUGAUCUUAAUCCUAAUUUACGUGACACAAUAAAUAGUGUGAAUGAAUGCAUUAAGUAUGAACGUAGACGCUUGACCAAGCUGGCAGAGAAGGAAGCUGCAGACUUUGAGGCGAUGAAAGCCGGAAACAAAACGCAGCUCGAUGAGCUCAAAAGGAUUAUCAACAAGGAAAUUAGUAGGCAGAUAGAGAAGCUUGUGAAAUUUCUCAAAGAGAAGGUCUCGGACAUUUUGAAACAGGUUGUUGAUAUUAGUAACAGCCUCGAAAAGUAUGUGAAGGCUCUGGAGAAGUGGAUGGCGGAAUGUAAAAAAUUCAUCAAUGAAACAGCUAAGGGAAACGUUACAAAAAUACUAGAAGAAGUUAAGUGGACUGAUACCGGUGAAAGAUCGGAAAAUAGGAAGGCGAUUGACACUGCUGCGGAGAAGAUUGACAGCACUCUGAAGGAAAGAAUUUCGGAGCUUGGCACCUGGAACACCGCGGCCGGGAAAGUUGUGGGAGCUGCGCAGGAGAAGUGUGGAGAAAUUGCGGGGAAAGUUGGUAAUUCAGGUGGGGACGCUGUGAUUUUUACUCAAGCUCAAGAUAUGCGCGAGAAGGCUGAGAAGCUCAGGGUGGCGGCGGAGAGUGUUAAGAGUGAAGUUGCCAGGCUGGUUGGGACGGCGUUGGAGAAUAUUAAAUCGAUGAAUGAUACGCUGAAGGGCGAAUUGUAUUGGGUGAAGGAGAAGAUAGAGAAUGGGAUUUUGUCGUACGUUAGGAAGUUGGUUACUGCGUCCAAAAGUGGCCGCGGUGCUGAACUAUUUAACAGCGUUCCAGGUGAGAGCCAGUUAAAAAAAUGGUGCGGUGCGUACCAAAUUGACAAUAUAAAUCUCGACGAAAUUGCAAAAGGUUUUAAGUGCCUAAAUGAGCAGCCUAAAAAUUACAACACUACAGGUCUGCAGGCCCUCAUAAAAGAUCUUAUCAAUCCCGUGGAAACGCAGAUUGGGCAAAUUGAUGACGGCGGUGCAAAUGAAGUCAUCCUUUCCGAUAAGUUUAAGAAAUAUAUAUUGCACGUGACUCAAGAUAAAGCAAAACUAUCCGCUCUAACCGGCAAGCAAAAUUCAGGAGAAGGCUCACUCCCAUUGGCCAUCGGCCAAAUUAGAGAUGAUGGCCUGCAAAAAUUUACAGCUAUGGAUGCCGACAACAUCCCCGAAAUCCUGAACACUUCCACCUUCCAACAACCCUUCUCCCAAAUCCAGCAACAACUCACAGCGAUCGCCGGGCUGGUCGACAGCAGCACUAAAAGUGACGGUCAAAAGAACGGCGUCAAAAACUACCUGACCGAAUUGAACAAUAUGAUUACAAAGUCGACUGAGCAUAAUAUUGAGUGCCACCUGGAACAACCUCUCACCACUAACAAAGUCCAAGGCCUCGCGCUGAUCCAGACGGAGAUCGAGACACUUAAUACCAAAACGGUGCCAGAAAUCACAAAAAAUCUCGACAAGCUAUGCAGCGCAGUGCGACGCGCUGCUAAAGACGUAGAAGGGAACUUGGACAUUAUGGAGGUCGACAAGAUUGGUAAGACACUGGAGGAAAUCAAAAAGAAUAUUAGUGAUUUGCAGAGUGAGAAAUUGAAAAAAGUGAUACAAGACUCCGACAGGCUGCUUGAUAAGUUGGCCGAUAACGCCGGCAGACACUUUACCAAGGAGCUUCACGAAUAUGUUAAUACACAAACCGACAACAUUUUGUGCGCAGUGAACAGGCAGGCGCAGAAGAAUUAUGUGUCUUCCAUAAAGUCGUUCCUCGAACAGUUUGCUGACAGGGCUACUGAUUUAUUGGCGGAGUUGCCGAAACAGAUAGAAGAUGACUUAACGAUAACGCACAAAGGAUUCAUGGCAAAACUCGAAAAGUAUUUCAUCAAGCAAAUUAAUAAUAUACACAAUACUUCGCCCACUCGGUCCACAAGAAUGUCGUCUCAAACAAGGUCCACAUUCAGCCUAGCCACCUCUAAAUUGAAGACGGCACUUGUGUCAUUUGCCAUGAAAUUACAAGUCCAAGAUGACUUCAUGUCCGACUUCCAGAAAGUUAAGGCUUCGAGUGACGCACUCACCAACUUACUUACCAACCUGACCACUUCGCAGCACUUUAACCAUGACUUUAGUAAUAAUUUAGAGUCACUCGAAAAAACAUUCACUACAUUUAAUCCAAAAUCAUACGGCGAAGCCAAGAGCCCUUUGCUACUCAACGCUUUAAAAAAUGGCUUCUCGGAUUUGGUCGAACAACUUCAAUUAGCGUAUAUUUCAAAAUACGAUGGAGCUGAUCCAAUAAACUGGAGCGAUGAAAAGAAUCCAGACAAGACAAAAUGCGCCAGCAUCCUCGUCACCAUUCUCAAGACUCUGACUCACGAUUUAGGUGAGCUCUAUAAGAGAUGUGACAAGAAGAAAGGUGAUUGCAGGGAAAACAAAAUUUCCCUCAUAUCCAAGCCAAGCGUCUAUAAUCCCCUCGGUGCAUUUUUCAGGGACUGCGGCUACAGGGUGUCCAAGUUGGAAGAGUCCUAUGAAGGAGAGCUGAGAUGUCAUGUCAACAUGAGGGGGGGAGACGUUUUCAAGAAACUUGUUGCUUCGCUGCAAGAUGUCAACAAAAUUGCUCAUCUCGUUAAAUGCCCAUCAUUUAAAGAAAUUACAGAUGACGUAAAUAUCAUAGACCUACUUAAAUGUCUCACAUCUCACGUCAGUGAGUAUUACCAAUCCUGCCACCUCGGACUCCCGAAGUCCAAAAAGUAUCCGUGUUCAGUGCGUGAUAUCUGUGUAUGGCUUUCUGGCCUUCCUCACACUGCAGUUUAUAAAACAAUUAAGGGGCACUGUGAUAAGAUGCUCAAUGAGCAAGACAAGGUAACCGGUGCAUUCCCCAACAAGGCCGAUGAAGUCAUGAAGAGAUCCUUAGAUUAUCUUCAUGGUAACAUUGAAAAAACAUGUAAAUUGUCACCUAAAAUAUUAGUCUCCAUCCAGGGCCACGGCAGUGGCGCUGACCACGCUGCGUACCCGUAUGCCUGCUGCUUUGAGAACAACCACGGAGGGUUCUAUUACCCUGGUGAUCCGUCGUCGUUGCUUGACAUGUUGAAAGAUAUGUGUAGUCGUUUGUUGCGUGCAGUGUCUUUCUUAUACCAACAAUGUAGGUACACUGCGUCUGACGGCAACGGGUGGCGUGAGUGUCAAUAUGGUUAUCGCGUCGGCACCUACCAGUGGGACUGCGACAAGGCAAGCGACAACUCAAGCACACAACCAAAGAGUCAAGCUAAGUGCCAACCAAAUGGUCAUCCAAAUGACCAACCAAAUUGCUUACCAAAGUCCCCGCUUCAAGCCCAUCUUAUGGACGGGCUUCCUGGUUUCAUGCCACAUAAGUUCACAGCUGUCGGUUGCCAGCCCAUGUGCUCAACGUGCCCUAAGGGCUCACUAGUUGGGCAGUGUAUCACCCCGAUGGGCUUUGCAGAUUUGGCAACCGCGGGCUCUAUUACAGGCCGUGGCGAGGAUCUUGUUGAUCUGCUUGCUACGCUUUGUAAGAAUGGCGCCUCUGUUCUGUGUGAAUUAGUGCACGCAUUACAAUGCAUAUCGCCCUCUCCACCGAAGGGCUUGGCAGAGAUGCUGUCGUACUACUGUAACGUAAUGCAGAAAUCGUAUGGUUCCGUGUAUGGUCAUGACACCGAUUGCAAAAAAGCACUUGAGAAAAGCAUCGACGACAGCUUCCCAUUCCGGACGUCGCUGCAUAAUGACUACCAAGCUACUAAUCUCACCAAUAAAUUUAGAGACUUGUCAUGUAGUAAUAGCUCUCACGAACAAGCGCUACUCGACAAAAGUCAUUGUGACCUUUGGAGUUUUUCACAAAAUUCUACGUCCGACAAACCAAUUACGUGUCGUAGAACAGAUACACAGUGCGCUCCUUACCUCAAGGCUCUGUGCCACGACGCCUGUCACACAUAUCCUGCAAAACAUAAAGGCUUGUAUCUGGGAUGGCUUUGCCGGUUGGCAUGGACAUUCUGGGAUUUGCUUGAUCAGUUGCUUAAGGCGUUUAGUGAUAUAUCCUGUCAAACGUAUGGUUGUCUAUGCAAAUGCGGUUUCGGUAAACACGGCGUCACUGAGGAAGAAUCAUCGCAACCUGCAACACUUCCUAAAACAAGCUGCGGUUGCAAUUCAAUAGUCCAGUGCAAAGGACCUAUGUCGGUAUUCUACCAGUACGGAUUCACAUUCGGAAUGCCGAAAGAGUUGAUGGGAUCUGAAAGCAAGAAGACAUGUGACAGUUUCGUAAAGCAGUUGAAUAGAGUUCUAACGAAAGGAUAUUUCAGAGAAUUGUUCGACGAAAUUGACAACUUCAUCUGGGCCAUUCGUACACCCUUCUCCUACCUCUUACUCACCCUCUGGUCGCUACGUCCUGAGGAUACGCUCCCACCUGAGAUCGCCCUCAAGCCACCGCAUCGCCGCGCAGUCCCUCCUCGCCGCCGCUCGCGUCAGGGCACUCGCCAACGUCAAGUACUUCUCACCAUAAUCGUGCCUUCACGUGUGAUCUGUGUAUCACCCACUCACCCACCCACUCAACCACUCAACCACCAACUCACUCACCCACUCAAUUACUCACCCACUCACUCAACCAUUCACUCACCCACUCACCCACCCACUCAACCACUCAACCACCAACUCACUCACCCACUCAAUUACUCACCCACUCACUCAACCACUCACUCACCCACUCACCCACCCACUCACCCACUCACUCACCCACCUCCUCCUUCACUGUCUCAUAAUGCUUCCAAGAGGUCUCUUGAGACACUGAAAGAGCUUUGUGAUUUUGCUGAGAAAAUUGAUCAAAAUCAUGAACAGCCUAAAAAGCUUUUAGAGAGUCUUUGUGGAGGCCUCGAAAAAUUUCUCGGCCAUGAAAAUGGUAAUUACACCGGAGAAGGGAUUGUGUACUCCGACCUUGACAGGCUCUGCGACGGGGUGAUGGCGUUUUUGCAUUCCGUUCUCAAAGAUGUCUCCAAUAAACAGCCUUAUGAAACAGGUAAGGGAUUCAUAGAUUCUCUUGUUAAUAACACUUUACAGCCUAAUUUGCAUUCAGGUCAUGAAGGUUUCUCCAAGGCUUUUUCCAUGGUGAGUGUUCACGUCGACAGGUAUAAUAAGCAAGUCAAGGCGUCGAAUGAGAAGAUCAAGAGCAGAAUUCAAGGUUUCGAAAAAGACAUGAAGGCUCUCAAGAAAACGGUAAGUGAAAUAUUAGGGGGAAAUUCUGACGCAGAUGAUGCCAAGAAAAUUUGCCAAGCGCAGGAGUCGGUGGACAAGACGCUGGCGGAAUAUAAGCAGAAAGCUGAGCACUUCACCAGUGACGUCGACGUCAACAAUAGCCACAAUAGCUACAAAGAUGCGAUUAAAGCUCUUAAUAGUAGUUUGCGUGUUACAAUUAAGCACGUCCAUAGUACGAUGGCACAUGAGACCAAGCGUCUCACUGAGCUGUCGAAGAAGGAAAAGGAUGAGUUAGCGGAAACGAAAGAGAAGAUUACGAGCGUCCUUGCAGAUGUUAAACGUUGUGUGAAUGAGGAGACGGCGAAGCAAGUCAAGGAGCUUGUCGACGGCUUCAAGCUGAGAGUGCAGAAAAUCUUAGACAAGCUGAAGAAGAUUAGUAGUGAGCUGGAGAAGUAUAUCAAGGAGUUAGGACAGUGGAUUAGCAAAGCGGAGGCAGCAGUGAACAGUGCGUUAGGAAGAGUGGAAUCAAUAUUGAAAGAGGUUAACGAAAAGGAUUCAGUUACGCAGCCAUAUAAAAUCAAGCAAGCUUUAGAGCAGAUUAAGACUGCAGUAACGAUGCUUUACGGAGCUGGCGAAGAUGCAAAGAAAUUUGUUGGAGAGAAAGUUAAAGAAGCCCUCGAGGCCGUGAAAACGAUGGACGACGAGCUGAAGCAGGAUUUGUGGAAGGUGAGGGAGGAGAUUAAAGGGAAGGUGGAGGGGAUUAAUAGGAAGGUGAAGGAGCUUGGGGAGAAAUUAGGUGGAACUGGUGCGCCGUUAAACGGUAAAGGAGUUGUAGAAGAGAUGUUCUCCAAUUUCCGAGAUACUCUUAAUAAAAUUAAGGGAAGCGGAAGAGACAAAACAGGUCUUGAGGGAGUGUUGAAUCACGCAAAGUCCUAUGUUGGGUCGUUUGCGAAUUUUACGGACAUAAUAGAUGGAUGGAUGGUUAACAUUUUGGCCAAAGACAAUGCAGUUAAGGGGGCGUUGUCUUAUUAUAUUAAUAGUAGUAAUAAGAAGCAUUUGAAGCCCGAAUAUAAGAAGAAUGGCAUAAAAGAAAUUAGUGAUAAAGUUAAGGAGAAAAUCACACAGAAAAUUAAAGAUCAGCUUGCUGACUUCCUUCCGAAAACGAAGCAAAAAAUUCAGCCGUCCACUGAUAUCUCUUCUAAUGUGACUGCUGUGCAGAGCGUUUGUCAGGAGUUUGCCACGGAAUUAGGAAUGAAGGUUUAUAAUAAUAUGGGUGAUAUAGUCAAUAUAAUUGAGCAAGAUGUCCUCGCAGAGCCUCAAACGCCACGUCCCUCUGAUUAUCAAAAGACUUAUCUUGAAAUUGCCGUCGACACUGCGCUCAUUGGUCUUGCUGCAGGAGGCAGGCAGGUUGCCGACCAACUGAAGGCGUUCACGUCCAGCGAAUCCAGGCCCACCUACAACUUUGGCACAAACGUGAACGAUGCGUUCACUGCAGCAGAGGGCCUCUUCGAAAAACUUAAAACAGCGCUCAGUGAUAAGACAAUCAGUACCAGCUCCCCCGAUAACCACGCCAAAGCCGUCGACUUAGCGAUCAAGGCGGUGAGCGACACGCUCGACGCGCAGUUGCCGGAAGAUCCUGCAAACAACGUUGGAGUUGGUGUAUCACAAGCAGACAAAAAAGUCAUACUUAAUGACACUGCUCAAAGCUUCACGCAAUACAAAACUCACGUCGACCAAACACCAGAAAAGCUUACUGAUCCGGAGAAGCUUGAAGGCCACCUUCCAGACGCGAUCAAGGAAAUCAGGACGCAGGUGACGGAGGCUCUAAAACCAAUCGCCCAAUUCCAUGGCUUUGCAAACGAAGAUAUUAAGAAAGUCACCGACAACCUCACGGAGCUUUAUAGAGUUAUCAAACACGAAGGCGAACAAUCCAAAAGCGAGUUGCAACUUUUGAAAAAUACGUAUUUUAAAGACCAUGAUUUCACAGUUACCAGACUAGUUAGGGAUAACAUCAAGAGAAUUAAGUAUGACCUUGAGCAACUGAAAACCGUUGAUCUAGGCGGAGCCAUAAAGGAGGCCGAAUACUUUCUAACCGGCGCCGAACCAACCUGCAAAGCCACAAUAAAAUCAUUGGAGGACCACGUUAAAGCGCAGGCCGCGGACGCCGAAGCCAAACUCAUCACUCACGCAAGGAAGCAGUACGUUAACGCCAUAAAAACUCUGCUCACGGCGUUCUCAGAAAAGGUAGAGGAGGAAUUAAAGCCUCUACCAAAAGAGAUUGCAGAUGACUUAACGCUAGGCUUCAAGGGGUUUAUGUCUAAAUUUGAAGAACAUUUUAUUACACACCCUAAAUCAAUCAGAGGUAUUAAGGACAUUGAAAAUACACCUUCGCAAGAGAAAUCUCCGCUCAGCCACGCGACUUCAAAAUUAUACAUGUCGUUUAGGCUUUUCUUCCGUGAUUACCAAAAGAACAUAGACUUCAGUAAAGACUUUAGAAAAAUUGAGGCAUCGAAGGAUGCAUUGCAGAAAAUGCUGGCAGAGCUCAUAACAUCGCAGCACUUCAGCCACGAAUUUAGCAAUAACUUACAAUCACUUACUAAUCAACUUGGAAAAUUUCACCCUUCCGAAUUCGGUGCAUCUUCGACUCCCAUGUUGCAGGCCCUCAAGGAGGGCGUCGGUGCAUUGGCCCAUGAGCUUCGCAAGACUUACGUUAACGCGUACUCCGGUCAAGAGUUCGACGCCGCGCUGCUACAAAACGCACAGCCUACCGACCCCGCUUCCAAGCAAACCGUAAAGGUGCUAACUGACUACGGCACUAAACUUUCCAAGGUCUGUCUCACUGUAACGCCAAUUCUAUUUGGUACCUUGCAUGAGCUCAAGGAAGAACUCGAGAAAAAGGACAGCCCAUGGAAAACGUAUACAAUAUAUAACUCCACUAGGCCGAGCAAGAGCCUUUGCCAUCUGCUCUUCCGUGACCACGGCUACGACGUAGGCUGUGAAUCCACGAUUCCUUACGGGGAAUUGAACCACAAACCGGAGUUCAAGGGUCAGAACAUGUAUGAUCAUCUCACCAAGGGAACACAUAAGCUGUUCGAAUCCAGUGACAAUUUGCUCAUCGCCGACACGCUGCGUUCCGGUAGCGCUGUCAUACCAGUCGAAUACUCCAACGGAGAAGGCUUAGUCUCCGAGCUUUCCGGCUACCAUAAGAUGCACGCUCAGGUGUGCCACCUUACAUUGCGCCCUAAACCUAGAUCACCGUGCAGCGUAUACGAACAUUUGAUUUGGUUGACCGGGCUUCAGUUCAACGGCGUGUACAACAAGCUUCUUCAGCAUUGUGACUCUUUGUUUGAGAAAACAAAGGACGAGCAUGAUCCUGAAACAGAAAUCCCGGUGCCAAUUACAACGUACGCUAAGUCAUUUUUACCUAAUGAUAUUAGUGCUGCAAUCGAACAUGUUACAUCGCACGCAUACAUGUUGCUGACCGGCAUAGUUGGAACCGGUGAUGCACACACCGUUUACGCCUCUGACUUCCCAAACAAUACACUCAAUCUAAAAUACCCUGGCUCCGGCAAUGAAUGUUUGUCUAUGUUGCUGGACGUACUGCGCAUGUUGUGUCCCGUGCUCAAAUUCAUUCUUGUGCAAUGCAAACUAGGCCCAUCAGAUCGCGGUUGGGCGAGGUGCCUGUACGGCAAAGACGUGCCUACUACCAAAUCACAGUGUAGCAAGGGAUCAACCGACAAAGCAAAGUGCCAACCUACGUGCCAGGCAAAUGGCCAACCAACGUGUCAAGUAAAAUGCCUACCAACAUCGCCACUAAUGUGCUAUUUAGAGGACUGUUUACCAGGGCAUCUGCCUCACCAACUAAUUAGUGUCGGUUGUAAGUCUGAAUGUUUGACGUGUUCUCCUAAAUCCAGGGGAAUGCCCUGCCUCAUGCCGUUAGGAUUUAGACAAUUUUCCGGCUCAACCAAAACGGGUCGGGACCUGUGUGAAAUUAUUGAAAUGUUCUUUGGUAGCGGCAAAGUAGCAUCCCUCUUCUGCCUUGGUCCCAAGCCACCAGCCUCCCUACCUGAGCACGUCGGCUUCGCACUAUCUGUCGCUCGUGGUUGGCGUGACGGCAAACAUACACUCAAAACCGCAAUAGAAUCGCACAUCACCAAAGUGUCCAUUAGUCUUUGCGAUAAACCCUACGUCCUCACCAGUGCGCUUGGUAACGCUUAUGGUUGCAAUCAGAGUGAUCACGGCACUUUCCACCCACAAGAGGGAUCCGCCGACUUGGCAAGUCUGUCGAUGACGAUUACGUGUGCCACCCAGCAGUGCGCUCCAUAUCUGUGUUCACUGUCUUCCGACGUCUAUGAAUACAUGGCCGAGAAAAACGCCAACCUCUUCCUGUCGUGGUGCCUGUAUCUCCCAUGGCAGCUCCUCGAGUAUCUUCAGAAGCUGCUCGACGCAUUCAACGAUAUCUUCUGCCAGGACUGGGGGUGCAACACAUGCUUGCUGGGUGACAAAUGUAAAAGAGGCAAGCAUGGAACUAUUGAUGAAAAGAUUAAGAAGCCGCAUUGUGAGUGCGCUUCACUAGUCAACUGCAGAGGUGUGUCGCCUACAUUAUAUAGCCCUCUGGUCGCUGUCGCUCCUGUACCUGCUGCACAUCAGCGUCGUCCGCCUCGACGUGCUGAGGAUACGCUCACACCUGAGAUCACCCGCAAGCCACCGCAUCGCCGCGCAGUCGCUGCUCGCCGCCGCACGCGUCAGGGCACUCGCCAACGUCAAGUACUUCUCACCAUAAUCGUGCCUUCACGUGUGAUCUGUGUAUCACCCACUCACCCACUCACUCAACCACCCACUCAACCACCCACUCACUCAACCACCCACUCACUCAACCACCCACUCAACCACUCACCCACUCACAUACUCAACCACUCAACCACUCACUCAACCACUCACUCACUCACCCACUCACCCACCCACUCACCCACUCACCCACUCACCAACUCACCCACCCACUCACUCACUCACUCAACCACUCACUCAACCACCCACCCAACCACCCACUCAACCACUCACUCAACCACUCACCCACUCACCCACCCACUCACUCACUCACCCACUCACUCACCCACCCACUCACCCACUCAACCACUCAACCACCCACUCAACCACCCACUCAAUCACUCAAUCACCAACUCACCCACUCACCCACUCACCUAA